UGCUUCUCACACACAUGUAGGCCAUAUAUGCGCUCUCUCUCUCACACACACACACACCCCUCCUUCUGCCAGACUCCCAGGCCAAGCAGCGUCACCAUACGGAACAUCCUGCCCUCAACGGAGAGGGGGAGGAGAGAGAGAGCCUGAGUGUGUGCACACAGAGAGAGGGGUAGAGAGAGGCUGUCUGUGUAUUAAGAGAGAAAGAGACGAGGUCUGGCGUCUCCCGGUAGUAAAUCUAUCAGGUCUCGAGCACAAAAACUCGGAGAGACAGACGGAGAAGAGGCCUCGAAGAAAUCUCAUUGCUUAAGCCUAGCCUACUGGUUACCUGGAGCAGCAGCAGCGCGUGAAGCCUUGGAUUAAAAAGACCGACUAGAAAGACGGAUGGUCGCGCGGACGGGCUGUGCGCUCUGACGUUGGACAGGCUGAGACUACCGAGACACCGACAGCAAGCAGCAGUCGCUUUUGUUCCCCCCACCUCCCCGACCCGUGAAGGCAGCGGCGGCACCGGGAGGCUGUGACCGCGCACCCCAAUUAUGAAGCUGCCUUGGCUAUUGGCGCUCACAGCGCUGCUUGCUCACACCGCCACGGGACAGACGUGGUCGCCGUCUAUCGAUGACGAAGGCUCAACGAGAGACGAGUUCUACGACGAUGAGGACCUUUACUCGGGCUCCGGCUCUGGCUUUCCUGAGAUCAGUAUGAGUCCGACAUCUGCGGGUGUGUCCUUCACCACAGAAGAGCCCCUCCUCCUCUCCACCACCCAGGCCACCGGCCCCGCCCCCUCUGCCUCACCUGCAGUUGAGCCGAGCCCCAACCCGGAGGACCCCACUGCCACCCCGCUGCCCACCGAGGCCGAUGGAGAAAGUGGUGUUUUCUGGGAAAGGGAGAGAGAGCUUGAGAAGGAGAAAGAGUUAGAGAGGGAAAGAGAGAGGGAGCAAGAGAGGCUGAGGGAACUGGAGAAGGAGAGAGAGAGGGAGAAACAGCGAGAAAUGGAGAGAGAGAGGGAAAAGGAGAGAGAGCGCGAGAGAGACAAGGAACGUGAGAGAGAGCGAGAGAAAGAGAGAGAGAGGCAGAGAGAGCGUGAGCUUGAAAGAGAGAGAGAGCUUGAGCGAAUCAAGGCCACCUCCCAGACCACCGCCGCCCCACGAUCCCCUGCUGCCAUCCCCAUGGUGACCACCAACCCGGCAACCAGCCCUGCAGAAAGUGCAGCGCCCUCUGCCGGUUGGGAUGACCUGAGCACCACAGAAGAGGAAGAGGACGUCUACCUGUCACCUGAGCCCUCAGCGUUUUUCCCAGGCUUCGACAUGGAAACCACCACAGAGGAAGACACAUCCACCACAACAGAGAUUACCCCUGAGCCCACGACAGCUGCACCCACCACCACCACCACCGCCGCCACCACUGUCAAAACCAGGGUCCCCUUCAGGCCCAGAGUUCCCAUGACGACUGCUACUCCGGCGGUGCCAACAGAGAGAACGAGCCGCCCACAGCAGCCCACAUCUACACAGGAGGGUAACAACGAGGCGGGUGCUGCAGGACCGAGUGGAGAUUUUGAAAUCCGUGACGAUCGGCGUAAUGAACUUGGUCGAGGUAUAAUGCCAGUGGAUCCUGAUCUGAUUGGUAACACAGUGGAUGGAGGAAGCUCUGCCGCCCAGCUGCCACAGAAGAACAUCCUGGAGAGAAAAGAGGUCUUGAUAGCGGUGAUAGUGGGAGGAGUAGUGGGCGCCUUGUUUGCUGCCUUCCUGGUGAUGUUGCUGGUGUACAGGAUGAAGAAGAAGGACGAGGGCAGCUACACACUAGAGGAACCCAAACAGGCCACUGUCACCUACCAGAAACCAGACAAGCAGGAGGAGUUUUAUGCAUAACACUCGUAUGCCAGAGAGACACACCGCACACAGGGGGAGAGAGAAAGAGUGAGACAGAAGAGAAAGAUACUCUAAGCCCCUGUCCUCCUCCUCCUCCUCCUCCUCCUCCUCCUGCUCUUCUUCGUCGCCUCCCCCUCAUCUGCUCGCCUCUCCUUAUCCCUCUCUCCUCUUGUCUCCGAAACACUUGAGAGCACCUCUCUCUCUACAGACUUGGAACUUUCUUUUCAAUGAAAAUGAAAAAAAGAGGACAAAAAAAAAGAAAAAAAAAAUCCAAAUAUAUUCUGAAAAAAUAACACAUACACACGAGAUGUUUUUAAAGUAAAUGUUGUUAUUAAUAUUCUGCAGAUUCUCUUGUUCUGUAUGUAAUGAUAUGAUUAUUUUGUAAGAAAAAAACAAAACACAAGCUCUUAACCUGUGUUUUCCAGCACAAAAAAAGUUCUUCCUCUGUUUUUAUGGAGCGAAUGAAAAGGCUAAAAAGAAAGAGAAGAGGGGCGAGGCGAGCUGAGCGAGACACAAAAGAAAAGGAAAGAGAUGGGCUCGACUCUGCCCCUCACCCCCCGAAAAACACACAGAGCGUCUGGUUGGCCGCACAGAGCCCAGGGUCAAAGGUGAGAGGAAAGGUCUCUUUUGUGCCUUCCAUCGCUCUGGUGCGCAAAGACACAUACGCACAUUCAUACAGCCACAUAAACAAAUGCUUACCUACAUGCACAUGUAUACAUGCACACUCACUUGUAUCUGCUUUAAGGUGGCUCUGACCUCUCUUUCUGUGCUCGGCCAACCAGAAAACAGUGCUCAACCCUCUGUGUGUUUCACAACGUCGAGGAGCCGCUGUGGAACAUUAGCUGGUCGCAUAGAGGUUUGCUCACGCGUCCAAUCUGCUCCUCUAAGCUGUACAAAGACUAGUUACAAAUAGUAAUAAUAACCAAUAAUAUAUCAAUGUUUUGGGCUGGAUGGUGAAUAAUAAUAAAAAUAAUAAUAAUAUCAUAAUAAUAAUAUUAAUAAUAACACUUAAACAGGAGGAUGUGUAUUUAGCAGUUUAAAAAAAAGUUUAUAUGUAAAUAUCAACGUAUCCUUUCUGGCAUCACUAACCAUCUGCAUGAUCAUGAAGAGUUUUUAUUCAUCACAUCCGUCAUCACUUUAGAUGAGCUGUGCUCUCGUCAGCCACACACACACACACACACACACACACACACACACACACACACACACACACACACACAAGUGCAGACAUAUAACUUGCUGUUUAUUUAAAUACACAACACAGACAGAGUUUACUGUCAUUCAUAUCAUUCAAACACAGAUCAGACCCAUAAUCAUCGUCAUUGUGAUAGUCAUCACUUGUGAUAUGAGCGAGAUCAGGUGGUUUCAAUAUGUUAUUGAUUAGUUAUAGAUCAGUUGUCGGUUGGUUUAGAGUUUGGUCUGUUUGUGUAAAAGCACAACUACGUGUCCAGUCAUCCGAUAUCGCCCACCCCCCACCCCACCCCACCUCACCUCCGCAAAGCACCUUUUGCAUGCCUCACUUUGUUUUUCUUCCACCAUUGGCUCUCUGUUUGGGGAUGGGAGGGGCCUCUGGGAAGCGGGAUGGGCUGUAAUGGAAAACAGGAAGUGCGCCUCUGCGUGGGAAGUUGCUCCCACAUGCGCUAAUUCAAUCAAAAUCAUAACUUUUGUCAUUAAAGCAGAGAUGAAACAGACUUUGAAUUAGUGUUUAUGGGGACAACUUUAACCGGCUGUUCGACUCUGUUUGGGGAGGGGACAAUGGGGGAAAGGGGUUUGGGUUGGGAAGGGGAAUAUGAGAAGACAGGAGGGCUGUGCUUCUAUCUAAGAGAUUGUAACAAUAACCACACCAGUGCGACUGGGCUAGUAGCUUCUAUUAUACUCAGUACUGUAGAACAAAAUGCAUGGGAGUCAAAAUUAUACUAGUCUGGGUGUGUGUGGAUGCCUGUUUGUGUUUUUGUGCGUUUGAAAGAAAAGAGGGUUGAGUUAAAGUUGGAAUGUACUGUGGUUGAGUGUGUGUUUACCUACUCCAGCAGUUCUCACGCUCUUCCACAGACAGGUAACACACCUCUUCCACUCCUGUGUGUGUAUGUUGCCUGCCCCCUUGCCAGUGUGAGAAUAUGUAUGUGUGUACACCUCAUCUAAACGCGCCACCUGUAUGUGUGUGUAUGUAUGCUUGAGUGCUUCACCUUGGUAUUUCACAGCAGACUCUUGUGUACACUGACUAGCCUGUCGACGUGUGUGUGUAUGUGUGUGUGUGUGUGUGUGUGUGUGUGUGUGUGUGUGUGUGUGUGUGUGUGUGUCUGCCUGCGAGUGUUUAGUCUGUUCACUGCUGAAUGAGGGGCAGCUGGUCCCUCACAGUGGCUUUCACACACACUGACUGUGUCUUUUCACUGUCUGACUGUCUGUCUUUCUGCCGCAGGACAGACGGACAGACAACACGCCACUUUCUCACAGGCAGGAAUGAUCUUAACACGUACUGUCUUUUUUAAAGUGACUGUCAAAGUGUAAACGUGUGUUUGUACCCAUCUAAGCCUGCGUAGCCAAAUAAGACGUGUGUGUGUGUCUGUGAGAGGGUAAAUUUGUACGUGUGUGAGUGUAGGUAUGCAUGUGUGUGUGAAGCCCAGCGGAGGCUACACUACUCUAUGUUUGCUGUUCCCAUUCCUGUUUUUAUACAUUUGCAUUUUUUUAAGGCUGAGUUUCUGUCAUUGGCUGAGUGAGCGAGAGGAGGCGUAUCCUCCACGCCACCGCCCUGUCACUAAUCUGCCACUCUGUUCCAAAUAAAAACCUGGUUGGGUAAA